UAUUUUUUCACCAAUGUUUCCGCGAACUGGAUGCAUUUCACAUUUGUUUGUUGUUGAUAUUACGAAAACCGUAAAGUGUACUUUUACUGAUUAAACAAAAAAAAUAGCACGUUUCAUUAUACUGCCAUAGACCUUGUUCUACGGACAAAAGGGUCACACAUCACUUAAAAAAUGGUGUUCCCUCAGAUAUUGGCGUUCGCUACAACGGUGGGCAUCGUAACACUUGCAGCCAUCGGUUUCGUCUACUAUCUUAACAAUCAAUCUCAGCCAAACCAUUCGUACGGCAGACCCAACAAUACUCGUACGGGUAAUCGUGGGCAAAGCAGCACAUACGAUCCCAAAGAUGAAGACAUCUACUGCACUAUCUGCCUGGAACAAAUAAAGUCCAGCCAACGAUGGACACUUCCCUGCAAACACUCCUUCCAUUUGGAGUGUCUUAACAAAUGGACGGCCAACAAGCAGGAGUGUCCAAACUGUCGAAAGCAAUUCUAACCUGCACCGGUGAAGAAAGUGUACCUUUAGGUAUGGAUAAAGUAUGCUGUCUUUUUUUACCCAUUCGAAUUGAUAAAACGCGUAGGUGAUAAUUUCGCGUACGAUAGUAUGAUAUUAGAUGAAUUUAAAACAUACGAAUAUCAGAAUGAUGCCUUACGGAUGAAACCUGCUGGGCAUUCGUUUUUUUAUCCUCUCCGUUCUUCUGUAGCAAUGGUUCCAGCAGGAACAUUAUUCGUUAAUCGUAUCGUAGGAAAAAGUGACAAUACACUUCGUUGUUUUUUUGAUGAUCCGGAUCAUACUUUGUACGCGCAACAACGAAACAGAAAGCAACCAUACAUAUCGGGAUGUUUUUUUUUUGUUGUUUCUUGCGUUAUAAACCAUAAUUCGCACACAUUCUUAUAACACGAAGCAAUAAUCAUCGCCAAUCGUACAAGAUUUGAAACAGUGAUAGAAUAGAAACAUAAAGAACAAACUCUGGUUAGUGAGUUUAUUCUCUAUACAGAAAAAAAAAUCAAAUCGAUUUAAUUUUUUUCUCAAUUUUGCUUAUAGACACGUCCCGCUUUGUAGUAGUUCAUAAGCAAACAUAAUAAAAAUUGAAAAUAUCGUAACAAGUUUUUAAAACAUA